UCUUCUGCAUGAGCGUCAAGAUGGCGGACGAAAGCGAGAGGGGCGGUAUGGUAAUCGACGACGUCGGCGGCGGCGGACUGAAUCUUGCAAUUGUUGCAGGCAAGCGUAAGCGGGAGAUCACAUGGGAAGAGAAGGCGGCGUUGACAGUUCUUGAUAUUCCUGCCGAGCGUGAUUGCAGCCUCAUAGACUCGGAGAAAGAUUACUCAUCUAUGGCUGGCUGCCAGGCCGGAGAACACGCUAGUAUAUUUGGCAUUGACAAGAAUGGGGAUGAUUCUGAUGAACCGUGUGCUAAGGAUGAUGCCAAUCAAAGUGAUAUGGCUGCUCUGAAGGAGGAGGAGGAGAAUUGGGAGCUGGACAGUGAACCAGAGCUCACAUGGGAUGAGAAGGUGGUUCAAGUUCUAAACAUGGUUCGACACCGAGAGAUCACCGAAUAUAACCCCAAGCAGUUUUGCUCAAUUCCUACUCGAUUUUGUGCCUACAACAUAGCCUUCUUUGACCUGGACAAAGAGUCAAAGCUUGCACGUGGACCACCUAUCAAGUCGCUAGCUUUCCCUGACUACUGGUGGGAGAUGGACUCUGUCAAUGUGAUUGCAAUCAAGGUGGCCGAGUCUGAUGUGGGUUACCCUAUCAGGGUAUUUGGCACUGUGCUGGCCAGGGAUGAGUAUGAUUUCAGGUGUGUCUAUCUGUUCAGGCGUGACAGGAACAAUCCCCAGAUCAUCACCUCGCCGGAGGACACACUAACUCUGACAGGACCUAAUCGAGCGCUGGGUGCAACAGACAAAAUGUAUUUCGAGUUCAAUUUGAAGAUUAGAGACGAUGGCGAUGUCGACAAAGAUUUCUGCAAAGGUGUGCGAGAACACAAUGCCAUCUGCUAUACAAAGCAGCCGAUGACUUUAUCGCUAGAGAGCUGCCUGAGUACAAUUGAUUUUGUGUAUAGUCCUGUUCAAUUAGCUGUGGAAGCUUCUGUUGCAGUCAAAAUUAAGGGGGUUGUAUCCACGUUUUUCACUGGCAAAGUGACUGCUUGGACUACUGGAGAUGAUCAGAACAAAAUCAUCCUGUAUGACAGUGAAGUGGAAGGCAGCAACAGAGUUGUUGGAGCUGAUGGAUCAGUCGAUCUGACUCGCUGUUUCGUAGCCGUCAAUUUGGAUGAUGAACUGGUGCUCAAUGUCUGUGUUUCUGAAGGAGCUGGCUCAAUCUUUGAGCUCGUUCUUGGACACAAUGAUGAAGAAUGUGUCCGUGAGCAAGGUCCCUAUGAACUGCAGGUGAAUGUUGUUUGGACAGCUGCCUUUAAGCAUCGACAGCGCAGAAAAUUGUUUGAGCGUAUCGGUGACUUCCGCGUGUUAAGGUGAUAUGAUGUAGUAUGAAGAUUUAUAUGGGGGAAGUUGUUACAUCUCAAGCAGUUCUAUCUUGUUAUAUAGAUCAUAUUUUUUGUUCAGCUGAGUUUAACUCGUGCUUAACUGAAAAU